CGGAUGACCAUAUAAAGGAUAGGGGUGGGAGGGUGCUGUUCACUGUGUGGUGCCCAGCUGGCAGCAAUGGAGCGCAAGUUCACCAAGGUGCUGAGCCGGCCGGGCAUGGCUGCACAGCUCCGAGAGAAUGUCAGCCAAGCCGUCAAGGAGACCACCAUACAGACCCAGAGGCACAUCACGGAGCCGCUGGACUACGAGACCUACGUCUCCAAGAACAUGACCAUCCUGCGGAACGACCCGCAUCGGGAGCUGCUGCUCUUCCCGCUGGACGAUGUCGAGCAACACUCGCGUGAGCAGCACAGCGCGGCGCUGGGGACCUCGCUGGAGCAGCAGGCGCUGGAGCGGGCCGAGCGGCUGGUGAUUCGGCAGUGCCUCGAGACCUACACCGCCCGGCUGGUCUCCGUCAAGUACAAGUACGACGCCUACGCCGGCACCUACCUGCAGCUGCCCAGGUUCCCCCGGGCGCCGACGCUGGCGCCGUACGUGUGCGAGGCCGACCUGGACGUGGACUGCACCGACUCGCUGGAGGUGCAGGCCGUCUCCAAGUCGGGCUUCCUGCUGCGCGGCACCGACGGCGCCGGGGACAAGCUGUUCGCCAAGUCGUUCAAGCGCCGCUUCGCACGUCUCAGGCAGGGCGCUGACGGCAGCUACGUGCUGGAGUUUUACAAGGAUUCCAAGUCGUCUGAGAGCAAGGGUGCCAUACCUCUGGACCUGGUGGCCGAGGUGGUCAAGCACCAGAAGCGUGGGAAGCACAGUUUCGAGCUGCGGACGACAGACGGCGGCAAGGCAUACCUGCUCACGACGGAGACUGAGGCUGAGCUGCUGGAGUGGGUCCAGACGGUGGGCCGCGCCGUGGCCCUCACCAAGGACGACCGACUGAGCGUCGCCUCAGACGUGUCGGCCACUGACAGCUCGGGCUCUACGCUGCCGGCCAGCUCGGACGAGCGGUUCGGCACGCUGCGCGGCCUGGACCAGAGCCUCAACCCGCAGCUGAACCGGUACGCGCACGAGACCGACUACAUGAUCGGCCAGGCGCGCGGCGAGGGGCGGCUGCCCGUCUUCCAGCUCUACCCGGACAUCCAGUCGACGCCGCUCUCGACGGCCUCCUGCGCCGACCACCUGCGGACGGAGCCGUUCUCAGAGGUGCACGGCGUCACAGUGCUGGUGCGCUGCGAGAGCCUGCAGUUCCGGCUCCAGAUGCCCGUGGACGACACUGCCGAAAACCUCAGCCAGAUCGAGCCGUACUUCACCUCCCUCUGCCUGUACGACGCCAAGCAAGGCCGCAAGAUCUCCGAGGAGUUCUUCUUCGACGUCAACGAUCCGUACAUCCGCAACCUGCUGCCGAAGGCGGUGUCCAAGCACAAGGAGACGGGGACCACGCUGCUGCCGGACCUCAUCCACGCCCCGCUCGAGUGGCUCUCCUACCCCCGACAGGCGCUGUUCACGGUCCAGCAGCCACACAGCGAGAUCUUCCUGGUGGUGCGCGUGGAGAAGGUGCUGCAGGGCUCGGUGGCCGUCUCCUGCGACCAGUACAGCCGGCCGGCCGACGCCAAGCACCUGGCCAAGAUGCACUGCCAGAUUCGCCAGUCGUGCGACAGGUUGGGCGGCUACCGCAUGCCGUUCGCGUGGUCGGCGCGGCCUCUGUUCCGCUCGACGGCCGAUCUGGACCCGGCAGACUUCGCCGCUCUCUACCGGCACGAGCCCAACAGGAUGACCGACGAGGACAUCCUCAAGCUGCUGCAGGACUGGCGCAAGCCGGACAAGCUGAGCCGGCUGUCGGUGAUCCCCGGUUCUCUGAAGGUCUCCGUCCAGCUGCACGGCGGCCAGCCGCUGGAGAAUUGCCUGUCGCCGUCGCUGGUGCCGCUGCGGCCGUUCGCGGUGCCGCCGUCAUCGCCGCCCACGCUGUGGCUGCAGACGCUGCCGGCGCCGGCGCCCGAGCUGGCCUCGCCUCACACCGGCUACACCAACCUGCUCUACGUCUACCCGCGCCGCCUCAAGUACGACGCGCAGAAGACGUUCAAGGCGCGCAACAUCGCCUGCCGCGUGGAGCUGCGCCAGGGCGACGACGAGGCGUCCGCGCCGCUCCAGUGCUUCUACGCGCGGCCGGGCCAGGGCGCGAGCUACGUGACCAGCCAGAUGACGUCGGUGCUGCACCACGAGACGAACCCCAGCUGGGGCGCCGAGAUCAAGCUGGGCCUGCCGCUGGCCAUCGACGAGCGGCACCACCUGCUCUUCACCUUCUACCACGUCAGCUGCCAGCCCAAGACGGCCAAGCGAGGACAGGAGGCGCCAGACACGCCCGUCGGAUACAGCUGGAUACCCCUGCUCAGCAAGGGCAGGCUGAACCUGGACACGCAGACGGUGGCCGUGGCCUCCUACCUGCCAGCUGGCUACCUGGCUGUGGAGCCGCUCGGGCUGGGCAAGGGGUACGCCGGGCCCGGCAUCCACUGGGUGGACGGCCAGAAGCCGCUGUUCAAGGUCACGUUCCGGCUCGUCUCCACCGUCUACACCACCGACCAGCACCUGCACAACUUCUUCCUGCACGCGCACCGACUGCGCGAGACGCGCAUGCCCACCGUGCACGCGUCCGACAACGAGACCACCAAGCAGGUCAAGGUGGUGCACCAUCUGCCUAAAAUACUCAAGGCGCUGCACGCCAUCGACGUGGCCACGCUGAUCCGCUUCCUGCCGACGCUGCUGAACCAGCUGCUGCGCAUCCUGGUCAGCAGCGACUCAGACGACGUAGUGCAGAACACGCUGCGGGUGCUGACGCACGUCAUCACCACCCUGCAUCAGGUCGGCCGGCAGCGGCUGGUCGACAUCUACACCCGGCACGUGCUGGCCGAGUGGCGUCUGCCGCCAAGCGGCCAGACCUGCGUGCACGAGGCGCUGUGCCGCGGCCUGUGCCAGCUCCUGCAGCCCAGCAACAUGGACUUCCUGCUGGUGCACAAGCUGCUGCGCCACUCCAGCUCGCUGUUCGACAUCAUCAUGAAGUCGAUGGCGCUGCAUCUGCUCAACUCAGGCCGCAUCAAGAUGCAGCGCCACGAGCGGUUCACGGCCAGCUUCAACAAGCAGCUGGAGACGAUGCUGGAGUCGUUCUACCCGUACAUACUGCAGAAGUACAAGGAGCUGCCGCUGGAGACGCGCGAGGCCAACCGCAGCAUGGCCGCUCUGCUGAAGCGCUGCCUGAGCCUGAUGGACCGCGGCUUCGUGUUCCGCCUCAUCACCUCGUACCUGGAGAAGUUCAGCCUGGCCGACCCGCGCCUCCUCUGGGAGUACAAGUUCGAGUUCCUGCAGAUGGUGUGCGCCCAUGAGCACUACAUCCAGCUGAACCUGCCCAUCUUCAACCCGGCGCGCACCAGCAUCCGCUCGCUGCACGACUUCCAGCAGGAGUACUUCAUGUCCGAGUCGUUCAGCGCCAAGCACUACCUGACCGGCCUGAUGCUGCACGAGCUGCGGCUGGCACUCAGCCAAAUCCCCGACGUGCGCCGCAUGGCCAUCCACGCCGUCCGUGACCUGGUCGUCAAGCACGCCUACGACGACCGCUACCAGACCAAGGGCCAGAAGGCGCGCAUCGCCACGCUGUACUUCCCGCUGGUGGGCAUCCUGCUGGAGCACCUGCACCGGCUGGAGGCGGCCGUGCCGGCGGCGCCGGCGACGGCGGCGGGGACGGGGUCAGCCGUCAGCCGCGCCGCGUCCCAUCGCUCCACGGCCACCUGGCAGACGAGCUACUCCUGGGCGGCCGCCGACGGCACCUCAUCGCUGGGAAACCGCAACAGGUUCGCCCCAAACAUGGACCUGGCGUCGCACGCCAGGGUGGCGCAGCGCGAGUCCACCUACCUGGCCUACAUCGCCGGACAGAGUCAGCAGGCGUCGGAGAGCAGCGCCGCCUCCACCAUCAGCCUGGCGUCCACGGCCUCCUCCCAGACGGACACGACGGUCGAGUCGGCCGUGCACGCCGAGAACGGCGACGCCUCGUCGCAGCGCGCCCUCGAGCUCGGCGACACGGACAGCCAGCCGGGCGGCAAGCGCUCCACGCACAAUAGGACGCUGAGCACAGCGCACGACCCCGGCGCGCUGUACCGGUACGACAAGCUGCUGCCGGGCGAGGCGCGCGACCUGCUCGUCUGCUUCCUGCACGUGGUGCGUCACGUGCCCGACGAGCUGCUCGUCACGUGGUGGAAGUACGCCGCCGAGGACGACGUGGUCAACUUCUUCACACUCGUCCAGAUGUGCCUGUGCCAGUUCCGGUACUCGGGCGGCCUCAUACGCGCCCACCCGCGCGUCAGCGAGGUCAAGAAGGCGUUCACGCUGCCUGCCCGCAUGGACCCGGCGGCGGCGGCGGCCGGCGGCGGCGCUCCCAGCGAGCCGGUUCUUCCGGAGCCGGCCGGCGGCGGCGGAGGCGCCUCGGCGGUCGGUGCCACGCCGCCGCACCUGGCCAGCGAGGUGGCGCUGGUGGCGCUGGACCUGGCCUGCCUCUACUCGGCCCACUUCUCGGAGCGGGUGGCGCAGCGCGGCGGUCAGAACGCCCAGAUGGCGCUGCUCACCGACGUCUACCUGGGCCUGCUGCACCCGGGCCAGUCCGAGGCCGUGCUGCGGCACGCCUUCGCCGCGCUCCGCAUGUUCGUCCAGCACUACAGCGCCGCCCUGUAUCACGGCCCUGCCGAGCUGUGCGGCCGCCUGUGCUACGACCUGCUGCGCUGCUGCAACAGUCCGCUGGCCAGCACGCGCCACGAGGCCUGCGCCCUGCUCUACCUGCUGAUGCGCGGCAACUUCGAGUUCACCAACCGCAAGGCCUUCACGCGGGUCCACCUGCAAGUGAUCAUCAAGGUGUCCCAGCUGCUGGGUGAGUCGGUGGUGCUGGACUCGUCCCAGUUCUACGAGAGUCUCUCGCUCAUCAACAGCUACGCCAACAGCGACAAAGUCAUGACCCGGACCGGUUUCGUGUCGGACGUGAAGGACCUGACGAAGCGCGUGCGGACCGUGCUGAUGGCGACGGCGCAGCUUAAGGAACACGAGAACGACCCGGCCGUGCUGGUCGACCUGCAGCACAGCCUGGCCAACAGCUACGCCAGCACUCCGCAGCUGCGCGAGACGUGGCUGCGCAGCAUGGCCAAGUGCCACGUGCGCGACGGUAACCUCUCCGAGGCGGCCAUGUGCCAGGUACACAUCGCGGCGCUGAUGGCCGAGUACCUGCUGCAGCGGGGCGAGCACGAACUCGGCUGCCAGGCGUUCCACGCCGUCUCCGCCAACGUGGUGCGCGACGAGAACAACCUCAAGUUCGAUCUCGGCAUCGGUGACCUCUGCUACACGGAGGAGUCGCUGGUGGCGCAGCUGAAGGUGUGCGCCGAGGCCAUGGAGCUGUGCGAGCGGCAGGAGCUGCUGCCCAACGUGUACGACAUCCUGGUGCCCAUCUACCGCAGGCGGCGCAGUUACGGUGAGCUGGCGGAGGCGCACCAUCACAUGCACCGCUGCUACAAUCGGAUCGUGCAGCUGAACAUCUCCGGCCGCCGCCUGCUCGGCACCUACUUCCGGGUCAUCUGUCUGGGUCAGAACUACUUCGACAAGGACCACGACCGCGAGUACGUGUACAAGGAGCCCAAGGUCACCUGCCUGGCGGAGGUCAGCGACAAGCUAUACCACCUGCACUGCCACAAGUUCGGCAAGGAAAACGUGCGCAUCAUCAAGGACUCGGCCCCGGUGGUAAUGGCCGACCUGGACCCGCGGCUGGCCUACAUCCAGGUGACGCACCUCACGCCCCACUGGGACGACGUCGACCUCGACGCGCGGCCCACGGAGUUCGAGCGCAACAACAACAUCAAACAGUUCAUGUACGAGACGCCGUUCACGCGCGGCGGCGGUCCACGCGGCCCCGUGGAACAGCAGUGGCGCCGGCGCACUGUGCUCACCACCGACUACUGCUUCCCCUACGUGCGGACGCGGAUACCGGUCAUCCGGCGCCAGGAGUACGAGCUGUCGCCGAUCGAGGUGGCCAUAGACGAGAUGACGCGGCGGUCCAGGGAGCUGGUCGAGGUGGUGGAGCGCCAGCCGACCGACGUCAAGAAGCUACAGCUGCGGCUGCAGGGCAGCGUGAGCGUCCAGGUGAACGCCGGCCCACUGGCGUACGCGUCCGCCUUCCUCGAGGAGAGCGUGCGCGCCUCCUUCCCGGGCGACAAGCUGUACCAGCUGAAGCAGGCGUUCCGCGAGUUCGUGGACGCGUGCCAGCGGGCGCUGUCACUGAACGCGCAGCUGCGGGCCGACGACCAGGCCGACUACCAUGGCUCGCUAGAGGCCGGCUUCCAGGACCUGGUGGCCGCGCUCGGGCUCAUCGUCGGCGAGAGCUUCCCGGUCAAGACGGAGCUGGCGCGGCACUCGCAGCAUCUCAGCGGCCUCUUCCUGCUGAGCAGCAUGACCGGCUCCAGCUCGGUCUGAGCUCAGCUCAGCUCCAGCUCCAGCUCCGACUCAGCCUCAGCUUCGACGUCGUGCCAGCUCCAGCCCCAGCAGCGUAUCUCAGCUCCAGCUUCGUCUCGACUCGGCGACUUCGGUGUCAGCGCCAGCUCCGUGGGAGCAGCAGCUUCGGGCUCGGCUCGGCUCGGCUCGGCUCGGCGCAACUCGGCGUCAGCCGCGGCUCCAGUUCCGGGCGCCAGUGGGCCGCUAAGUGUGGUGUUGGGGCGGUCGCCGGGCGGGCUGGCGGCCUGUGCUGUCACCCGCUGAGAGAGGCGACGCACUGUUGACAACGCACGCCCCCCCCCCCCCCGCUCGAAGGGAUGCGCUUCCUGUGUGCCUGCCGUUACUUUCGGCAAAGAGCUACGGUCUUGUGCUUGUCCUUGCUCUUGUUGCGUUUUGCGAACUGGUGCCAGAAAUAAUCGUGCAAUUGUUGGUCAGCAAGCGCAUGUGCCUGUUCGUCUAUGCGUGCGGUUUUGUGAUAAUGGCUUAUAGCAUCCAUUUCACCAGGGCUCUUUGCCCAAUAAUUCGCUGGUGUAUGUAACUUUGAUGAGAGUGAUGGUGUAAUGUAUCUGCCAUUUGCGUAUUUAUUUUAGUCUACCAUGGUGACACUAUUUAACUCGGUAACUCAUUCAGUCUCGUGUUUCUUGUUACCGCGGGCCCCUUUUGGCUUUUACUUAACGGACUGGCCACGUUCCGGUGAUGUGAUGCGCCGUAUCGGGGUACCACACCCAGCCGACGCAGCUCGUGGACGGAGCGCUCCGGCGGGCCGCCUGCUGUCGUCAGGCGCCCCACCCCCUGUCCGUGGAGUGUGGGCCCCUGGUGGCACGCGCCGCCGCCGCCCAACGGAAUACAGCGGCAGGAGGGA